AUGGCGGUAUCACAGGCCGCAAACCUCGUCGAAAAGGCCAUCGGUCACGACGACAACGCAAUUACAACUCAAGAUGUGUCCACAUUCCCCGACGCAGGUGAAACCGACAAGAUGAAUGCUUUGGUCUGGAUGGGCAAAGACAAAGUCGAAAUUGCCAGAGUUCCGAAGCCCAAGAUAGUAGAGGACCGCGACGUCAUUCUCAAAGUCACAGGCAGCACAGUCUGCGGUUCCGACCUCCACCUCCUCCACGGUUCAGUCUUGCAAUUGUCCAAGGGCGACAUCUUGGGCCACGAAUUCUGCGGCGUUGCAGAACUGGUAGGCCGACAGGUGCAUAACGUCAAGGUUGGAAAACGAUAUGUGGCUUCGUUCCAGAUUGCCUGUGGCGACUGCUACUAUUGCAACAAGAAGCAGUCUUCGCAAUGCGAAAACACGAAUGCGAAUAGUAUGACCAAGGCCAUGUAUGGGGGUAGGACGGCCGGUAUAUUUGGGUACUCCCAUCUUACUGGUGGUUUUGCUGGCGGACAGGCUGAAUAUGUGCGUGUCCCGCUUGGGGAUGUAAAUCUUCUUGAGUUGCCAGAUGAUGUCCCUGAUGAGAAAGGUCUCUAUCUCUCUGACGUCCUGGCUACCUCCUACCAUUGUGUUAAGGACACCGGAGUUGAAAAGGGAGAUAGUGUCGCCAUUUUUGGUGCUGGUCCUAUCGGCCAUAUGGCCGGUGUAUUUGCCGUCGACCAAGGCGCCAAGAAGAUCAUAUUUGUCGACACCGAGCCACGUCUAACAUAUAUUGAAAGCCAUUUUCCCAAGGAACACAUGUCAAAAGUCGAACUCAUUGAUUUCAAAAAGUUAUCAAGCGGCGUGACAAACGCCGAAACGGUAGUCAGCCAGCUCAAGAAGAUCUGUGACAACCGCGGCCCAGACGUCGCGCUUGAAUGUGCGGCCGGCGAGUUUGCCAAGGGCUGGAUGCACUGGUUGGAGAUGGCUGCUGGUGCGGAAACGGAUACAAGUGAGAUUGUGAAUGAGAUGAUUGAGAGUGUGCAUUCAUACGGACGAUGUGGCAUCACUGGCGUAUACGUUGGAUAUACAAAUCACUUCAAUAUCGGAUCUCUGAUGCAGCGAGGUAUCAGAUUCAUUGGCAACGGCCAGGCUCCUGUCCACAUGUACUGGAAGGAUCUUCUCAAAGCCAUUCAAAAGAAGGAGCUUGAUCCGAUGCAAAUGGUCUCUCAUAGAGUUCGACUCGAAGACCUCGACAAGGUAUACCACAUGUUUGACAAUAAGGAGGAUAGCAUGCAGAAGGUGUUUGUUGAGACCAAGUUUUCUUCACCAGCAGCACCAGGUUGUCCCCCACUUACACGGUACUGA